UAGUUCCGGCCGGCCGAAUCACUCACACGCAACAGCUCGGCUCAGCUCACAAGUCACAACACACACGCGACCAAGUGAGUGGCUAUGGCGACGGGAAUGCCAGAGUGCUCCCCGGCCUUGGUGCUGGCUGCCGGCCUCGCAGUGCUAGCCAUCUGCUGGUACCUUGCCGCCUUUGUUGUCGGCCGCGGCGCCGCUGGAGCGCAGCGGUACCCGCCUGUGGCCGGAACGGUGUUCCACCAGGUAUACCACCUCCGGCGGCUGCACGACUACUACACGGACCUGUUCCGCGAGCACGCGACCUUCCGACUGCUCGCGCCGGGACGGAGGCAGAUUUACACCUCCGACACGGCGGUGGUCGAGCACAUCCUCAGGACCAACUUCGCCAACUACGGCAAGGGCGCGUCUAACUACGACAAGACGAGCGAUCUCUUCGGAGACGGCAUCUUCACGGCGGACGGCGACAAGUGGAGGCAGCACAGGAAGAUCGCCAGCUACGACUUCUCCACGAGGGCCCUCCGGGACUUCAGCGGCGGCGUCUUCAACAGGGACGCCGCCAAGCUCGCGCACAUCGUCUCCGGCAACGCGGCCGCGAAGCAACCCGUGGACUUUCAGGACUUGCUGAUGAAAGCGACGAUGGACUCCAUCUUCACCAUCGCCGUCGGCGUGGACCUCGACACGCUGUCGGGGUCGGACGAGGGGAGCCGCUUCGCCGCGGCGCUAGACGACGCCAGCGAGUUCACCCUGCUCCGUUUCGUCAAUGCGUUCUGGAAGGUGUCGAGAUUCCUCAACGUCGGCGCCGAGGCGGCGCUCAGGCGCAGGAUCGAGGUCGUCGACGAGUUCAUGUACAAGCGCAUCCGUGGCAGGGCGGACGAGAUAUCGGACGGCGGCAAGGUGGCGAAGGAUGACCUGCUGUCGAGAUUCAUACAGGCAACCACCGGCGACGCCGGAGAGGUGGACUACAAGCACCUGAGAGACAUGAUACUGAACAUUAUCAUGGCCGGCAAGGACACGACCGCCGGAGCGCUUGCCUGGUUCCCGUACAUGAUGUGCAAGCACCCGGAGGUCCAGGAGAAGAUAAGCGAGGAGGCUGCCGUCGCCGGCCAGGCCACGUCGUCCAUCGACGACUUCUCCAGGAGCCUCAACGACGAGGCGCUCAACAAGAUGCACUACCUGCACGCCGCCUUGACGGAGACGCUUCGGCUGUACCCUUCGCUCCCGCUGGAUAACAAGGAGUGCUUUUCCGACGACGUUUUGCCCAAUGGCUUCAGCGUCGGCAAGGGAGACAUCGUGUUCUACGCACCCUACGCCAUGGGCCGGAUGGAGCGGCUGUGGGGCGAUGACGCCAUUGUCUUCCGGCCCGAAAGAUGGCUCGACGAGCGCGGUGUGUUCCUGCCGGAGAGCCCUUUCAAGUUCACAGCUUUCCAGGCUGGUCCAAGGAUCUGCUUGGGAAAGGAAUUCGCGUACAGGCAGAUGAAGAUCUUCGCGGCCGUGCUGCUCCGCUUCUUCGUGCUCGCGUUGCAUGACAAGGAUGCCAGCGUCAACUACAGGACCAUGAUCACGCUCUACAUCGACCAGGGUCUCCAUCUUACGGCUACGGCGAGAGUCAUCGUGUAGCCACCUUUGUACUCAAGAUACGCAUAUGUACGCGAUUGAAUGUCUCUUUUUUCUAGAAUCUCGUGAUUGAAUGUCUCAAGUAUUGAACCUUAGCCCGGACAUGGAAGUGGAUCCGUAUGAACAUAUAUUUUGUGAA